AUGUCGCAUCCUGUACAUAGUGAGGCAUGGAAGCACAUUGAUCCAACUUAUCCUUAUUUCAGCCUAGAUCCACGUAGUGUACAUCUUGGUUUGUGCACGGAUGCAUUUAAUCCUUUUACCAUGUCUAAUGUGCAGUACUCUUGUUGGCUAGUUAUAAUGACUGUGUAUAAUCUACCACCUUGGAUGUGCAAGAAACAAGAUAACAUGUUUUUUAGUAUGGUUAUCCGGGGACCGAAGAGUCCUGGAAAAAAUCUUGAUGUUUAUUUGCGUCCUUUGAUAGAUGAGCUAAAAAUAUUGUGGGAUGAAGGUGUUGAAACAUAUGACAUGCAUGCAAAGCAGAAUUUUCAUAUGAAAGCUGCGUCGAUGUGGACAAUUAGUGAUUUUUCGGGAUAUGAUUCUUGCCACCCAAACAUGCCUUUAGAAAACAACGAGACAAGUUCUAUAAAGACACAAUUAGAUGUGAUGCACAUGGAAAAGAAUGUAUUUGAUAAUAUCUUUAACAAAGUCAUGGAUAUAAAAGGAAAAACAAAAGACAAUUUCAAGGCCAGAAAGGAUUUAGAGCUUUAUUGUAAUCGUUUCGAGCUUCACAUAUAUGAGGAUGAAAGAGGAAAAUUGUAUAUGCCAAAGGUUGCUUAUAGCCUAACUAAGGAGCAAAAACGAGAAGUUUGCACAUGGAUUAAAAAAUUAAGAAUGUCUGAUGGUUAUGCGUCAAACAUUGCACGGUGUAUCAAAGGUGAUUGUGAGUUCUACGGAAUGGAGAGCCAUGAUUGUCACAUUUUUAUGCAGAGAUUUCUCCCAAUUGCAUUUAAAGAUGUAUUGCCUAAACCAAUUUGGGAAGUUUUAACUGAACUUGAAAAGAUUUUCCCUCCAUCAUUUUUUGAUUCAAUGGAACAUCUGCCUAUUCACUUAGCAUAUGAAGCUAAAGUUGGAGGUCCUGUGCAAUAUCGUUGGAUGUUUCUACACCACUUGAAAAAGAAGGUGAAAAAUCGAGCUCAUGUUGAAGCAUCUAUAGUAGAGGCAUACCUUGUAGAGGAAACAUCAACAUUUUGCUCACUAUAUUUUGAGCAAAAUAUUGAAACAAGAUUGAAUCAUGUACCACGGAAUGAUGACGGAGGGUUUUUGGAUCCCAAAGGAUGUCUAUCAAUUUUUAGUACGCCUGAACGACCACUUGGUACCCAACAUUCUAACUUUAGGUUAAUGACAGAUAAAGAAUUCAAGGCAGCUUCACUUUAUGUUCUCUUGAAUUGCCAAGAAGUCACACCUUUUGUGGAGCAAUUGGAUAAACAUAUGAAAAUGGUUUAUCCUCAAGUUUUUGAGGCACAGUUUGAUCGUUUACGUGAUGAACGUUUUUCUUGUUGGUUGAGGGAAUAUGUUUUGGAUGAUAACAACAUAGUUGAUCCUCAUAUAAAAGCUAUGGCUUUGGGUCCAUCUCGUACAAUGAGAUAUUACAACAGAUACUUUGUAAACGGUUUUAAGUUUCAUACUUUAGAUUACGGGAAGCACAAGACGACAAUGAAUAGUAGUGUUUGCGUAUUAGGAAGCUAUCUUAAUGACUAUGAAUUUGACUACUAUGUUACAGAUGAUGUAUUUAUACUUGCUCAUCAAGCUCAACAAGUAUAUUACACGAGUUCCCCUUCGAAGACCAGAGAUAGACUUGAUUGGUGGGCGGUUGUGAAAACAAAAGCAAAAAAUGUUACCAAUAUACAGGAAAUCAAAUCAAAGAAUGAAGAGUACAAUGUGUGGGUAGAACUUGCAUCUCAAGAAGAUUGA